CCAGCAGCCACAGCAAUCCCCACAAGCCCCACAAGAUGUUCAAGUUUUUCGCUCUGUGCCUUUUCGCCGUCGUUGCUUUGGCCGCCGCCAAGCCCCAAUUCCUGACCGCCUACACGGCGGCCACGCCCUAUGUGGCAGCCACGCCCUAUGCGGCCUACACCGGCGGCGUCUACGCCUCGCCCUACACCGCCGCCUACACCAGCGGCGUGUAUGCCGCCUCGCCGUAUGCCUACAGCGCCGGAUAUCCCUACAGCUCUCUGUAUCUGAGACGUUAAAUGGAUCCCCACAGACGUUGAAAGGAGUGUGCGAGUGCUCACUGUACGAUCGAUCCUUGAUGACAGCCCAAUGAACGAAUAAAACUGAUAAUUCCCGAUCUAAAGAGUCCCCCAAAAACUAUUUUGCUC